AUGCAUUAUGUUGUACUAGAAGUGGAAAGUUUCCAUGAAGAAGGCACCUUGAAGGACCAAACUCGUAUAAUCAAUCUCUCCUAUCAAAUUGUUAACAUUGAUGAUUCAACAUUACUUGCACAAACAAAUCCUGUUGCAUCCAUUGCUAUAUCAAAUGAUUCAGAAAAUUUCCAGGAUGCACUAGUACAAUUAGAUUCCGAUAUAAAAACUACAAUUGGUCAAAAUGAAUUUGUAAUCUGUACAUUGAAUUCAUUAACAAAUCUUCGUGUCACAUUGCGUCGUCAGGCACUCGAUAUUGGUGUCAAUUUACCUCAAUAUUUAAGGUAUCCUAAGCUUUUUGAUCUUUGGGUUGAAUUUAAGAAAUUCUGUGCUAACCAUCCCGAACUUGACUUAAAUGAAGAGAUGGUAACUUCAAAGGACGUUGCCAUACUAACAGAUAUUCUAGGUUUACAAUCAAAUAAUACAGAGAACUAUACCAUCGAUAUAUCAACAGAUGUUUUAUUAUCAUUGUAUAAGAAAUGCUCCUCUUCAGAAGAUAUUAAAUUCGUUCUUACUCAACCGUAUGAUUUACAAAUGGAUAUCAAAACUUUUUAUGAGGAAGAAGCAAGAGUUAUCUUCAUUAGUAACCUACCUCCAGAUAUAACGCAGAAUGAAUUAGAAACUUGGUUUGCCAACCAUAAUUCUAAACCAAUUUGCUAUUGGACAUCUAAGACACCCGAUGAGUAUUCACGGAACUUCCAUAAUAACACAUACGUUAUGAACCAGCACAGUAUAAUUGGUUUUAUUAUUUUCCAAACUCAUGAGGAAGCAAAGCAAUCACUUUUAUUAAAUGGUAAAUCUAUCUCAUCAAGUACGCUCCAUAUGAAACAACUGUAUCCUGUAGAACACAUAAUAGAAGUUGCACCAUCAUCAACGAAAGUUCUCGAUCAUACGCAAGAUAUAUUAAUACCUUUUCCACAAAGUAAAAAUAAACCAAGACUCGGUGAUUGGAAUUGCCCAUCUUGUGGAUUCUCGAAUUUUCAAAGAAGAACAGCAUGUUUCAGAUGUUCAUUUCCUGCACCAAACAAUAGUAAUACCAAUAACACUAAUAAUGGAGAAUCAAACAACAACACUCAAACAACUGGAGAGCAUACAAAUACUUCUCCUCAUUCUUCUCUACAACAAGCUGUCCACCAUUCUCCAUAUCAAACGUACAAUAAACUGAAUGAUUCAGUUACAGGGUCUCUGAACCAACAAACAUAUCGCUAUAGUAACAAUAAUAACAGUAAUAUUAAGAUCCAUAAUACAGCUAAUUUUAACAUGCCUUUUACAUCGUAUACAGGAAACGGCUCAAGUGUCCCAUUUAGAGCAGGAGAUUGGAAAUGUCCGUCCUGUACAUAUCAUAAUUUUGCAAAAAAUAUAGCAUGUUUACGUUGUGGGGAUCCAAAAUUAAGUGGAAUCCAUCAAGAUAAUAAUACCAAGAACAAUAUUACUAAUAAUAGUAACAAUUUUGGUUUUGAUAAUAGGAGUCGAAAUAAUAAGGCAUUUGGGAUGAAAAAUCAUACGAAUAUUGACAAGUAUCUGAAGACAUCAUCAUUACCAUCGCCAUAUAUGUCCUCUUCUAAUAAUGAAAUGUACACAAAGAAUGAGGGAAUUAUUGAUAUUGGUACUACCAAUCUAACAAAUAUGGACAAUAAUGAAAACGUGUUUAAUAUGUGA